AUGGAAUCUGAAUAAAUUUAGUGCUAACACUAAGAUACACAAUAACUCCACUCUACUCAGCUAAAUAAACAACUAUCAAUCCCUAUCGCCUAGGGAGUAAUAUACGAAGAUCAAAACUUUAUAAGUUUGCAAAUCUUUUUCAAACAAAUCAGCGGUCACAAGUACAUGUUCUUGGACAAUGAUAAAAAUGUAUGCAAAAUGAGCAAUUAGCAAGAAAUCGAAUUUUUCUCACUAAAAUGCCCGCAAGCGCUUUAAGCAUUUGUUCCUUAAUAUAAGGGUAACUUCUUCCUCAGACAGGGAGUCGACAAACUUGACUUGGAAGAAGAGUUUGACAUCAGCAGAUAUUGCCCUACUACCUCAGUACUAAGUAAGAGUUCUUCUUCAAGUAGCAUAGACUCAAGUUUCUCGAUAAAAGAUUUGCAACAAUUGCUGGAAGAUGAAAGCUAAAAUAACAUUGCCUAGGAGAUCUUGCACAAGUUCCUCAACCCAAUUUCCAGUACUCCAUUAAAUGAAUAUACUGCUGAUAAUUUAAUUUCCUCACAAAUAUUAAAUAAGCCGGUACCUAACUCAGAUUCAAUUCAUUCUAAAGAACUUCAAAUUCAUCUGGGAACUGAAUAAAAUCAGUUGACUUUAUCAAACUCCGGCUAAGUUGAGGAGUAGAAAAAAUGGAAGAAAAACUAGAUCACACCAGAAGAGUACAAAAUGAAAAUAGAGAAAACUUUGGACGAGCUCGUAAGUAAACAAGCAUGGCUCGGAAGACUUCUAAAGAAAACACACAAGAUCAAUUUUUACGACAAACCUUUUAUAUGUUUGGAAAAUCUUACAUCCCCUUAUAAGCAUCCCUGCAUGAUGGAUUUGAAAAUAGGCUCUGUCGCCUAUAAUCCUAAAAAAUCUCAAAAGCAGCAGCUUAAAAUCCUUAACUCAACAUCAGGUUGUUUCAGUUUUAGAAUAAGUGGGAUGGAGGUGUAUAAGACAAUUGAUAAAAGGAUAAUAUUCAGAAAUAAGUAUUGGGGUAGAUCCAUAAAGAGAGAUGAAAUCCAUGAUUCUCUAGGCAUGUUUUUCUAUAAUGGAUGCUGUAUCAGACUGAAUGUGGUGGAGGAAUUUAUUUAGAGAAUCAAAGAGCUAAAGAAAGUUGUCCUUGAAUGCAAAGGCUUUAAGUUCCAUUCCUCAAGUCUUCUCUUGGUUUAUGACGGCUACUUGGCUGAUCGCUACUUCCAAACUAACUGUGAGAACCCAGAACAUCAAAGAUUCGUAAACACAUUCAAAAAGAGUACUUCAAGCAAGCAGGCGAACAUUGACUCAACUACCUCCUCCAGAACCUCCUACGUUGAUCUCAGAAUAAUUGACUUCGCUAAUUUCGAGUACUUGCCAGGCAUUGAGGCUCCUGAUGAGGACAUGAUCAAAGGAUUAGAUAACUUAGUGGGCAUUUUCCAGAAGCUACUAGAGUCGCCCCAGAUUGUCUUAAAGUCAUGA